GUUGCUCUUCUGAGGAGAGCGAAAUCAACAUCACCAGCGACGAGGAGCAGAAGGAGAAUGGCGGUGGUGCCCUCCCAGUGCCCAGGCCUCCCUGGGGGGCAGAGCCGCCGCCGCCGCCGCUGGGGGAAGCCGCCUGCUACGUUUGCGGUUCCCCCUUGACGCCUGCUUCCCAGCACCGGAUCCACGUGCAGAAGCAGGAGAAGGCCUCCCAGGCGCCCUUCUUUCCCUUCCUGUGGUUGCACAGCCCGCCCCCGGGGGCCGUGCCCAUCAGCCCCUCUGGGAGCACCCUGGUGUGCUCCUGCUGCUUUGCCUCGCUCAUGCAGCAGUGGCAAAGCUUCGAGUUGGCCAGCGUGCCGGUCCUGCAGAGGCUCUAUGUGGUCCCUCUGAAUGCCAUCGCCCCCAAGGCUAAGAGGGAGACCCCGCCAAGAGAGGAAGCACUCCCUGGCCCUCUCCCACUCUUCCCAGAAGCUUGCUACCUCUGCGGGGAGGACUGCACCAAGGACGGCCGGGCAGUCUCUGCCAAGAUCACCAAUGGCAACGCCAAAGCCACCAUGCACUUUCCCUUCCUCUGCCUCCUGCCCUGCCCUCCCAACGCCAAAGGUCUCAACAAGAAUUGGGAAGUCCAUAGUUGUCGGAAGUGCUAUGGGGUGCUGCAGGAUUUGUGGGCCAUGUACCGCGCUUGCCAUAACGAGGAGUUCAUCAGUUCGGUGCAGAGCUUCCUGGGCAGGUAUCACCAGGUCUUCUCAGCCAGGGACCCCAACAGCAUGGCCAGGCACCCUUUGGCCAAGCCAGGCCCGACUUCCGUUUGCUACAUUUGCGGAGCUGAGUUGGGAGCAGGCAAGGAGUACCAACUCAAUGUCAACCCUCCUGGUCGCUUUGGUGAGAAGGAGCCCUUCUUCCCCUUCCUCACGGUUUACCCACCGGCUCCUCGGGCCAGGCCUGCUGACUCCACUGGGAUUGUGGCUACUUGCCUGCUCUGCUACCAUGAUCUCCUGGGCCAGUGGCUGCAGCAUGAGGACAGCCACUCCCAUCACCCCAGCAGUGCCUGGUCCAGGCAGUACAAAGUGGAGACCUUUGUCUGCUUCUUCUGUAGGCAAGAGAAGAAAAGGUGCCUUGGAUUAAAAGCGGUGCAAGUUGCCAGGCUGCCCGUCUUCCUGUACACUUUGCGGGUGCCCGGCAGCUUGUUGGUGGACGACGGGAGGCAGCUCACCAUUGGCGCGUGUGCCGAGUGUGCCGUACUGGUGCUCACUGGCAAAGCGACAGCACCCAGAAGCCUCUUUGCUUCUCCUGCCAUGGCACCGGCAUCUUUCCAAAAGGCAUCGUCCUUUUCUCUGGAAACACCGGCUCUCAAACUAGCUGCCAGUGAGCCCGUUCAGCGCCCACCAGGCACCGUGGAGAGCGUGAUUGCGGGGAACGGAGCAGCUCAGGACCACAGGGCCAGUUUGGAUGUGGAGGGUGCGUCCCCAGCAGCUACAAGCAUGAGCCAUGAGCCAAAGUCACCUUCUCUAGGAAUGCUUUCCACCGCGACCCGGACCACGGCCACCGUCAGCCCCCUGGCCCCUUCUCCUCUCAAUGGCUCCCUUGUGCCCACUGGCAGCCCGGCAGCCAACAGCACUUUGUCAGUCCAGGCCGCGCCCUCGUCCAGCUUUGCCGCCGCCCUGCGCAAGCUUGCCAAGCAGGCCGAGGAACCCAGAGGGUCUUCGAUCAGCAGCGAGUCUUCUCCGGUUUCCUCACCAGCCACCAACCACAGCUCUCCUGCAAGUACGCCCAAGCGAGGACCCAUGGGGCCUCUCAUCGUCCCACCGGGGGGCCACAACGUCCCGAGCACACCUCCCGUGGUGACCAUUGCGCCCACCAAAACUGUGAAUGGCGUCUGGAGAAGUGAAGGACGGCAGCAAGAAGCUGGGCCACGAAGCAGCGGCGGGAGCAGCAGCAGCAGCAGCAGCCGGGAUCGCCUGAUAGCCGAGGCCCCGUUGCCCCAGGAGAAGGCCAGCGGCCCGGCCAUCCCCUCCCACCUGCUUGGGACACCUUAUUCCUUUGGGAUCCCGCCCAACUCCAUCGUUCAAGAUUCCCGCUUCCCGCCCCUCAGCCUCCAGCGGCCCGUCCAUCACGUGGUGCCUCCCAGCGCCGUCACGGAAGACUACCUGAGGAGUUUCCGGCCCUACCACACGGCUGAGGAGCUCCGCAUGUCCUCCCUGCCUCCCAUCGCUCUGGAUCCGGCUGCCGCCGCCUACUACCACCCCAGCUACUUGGCUCACCAUCCUUUUCCUCACCCAGCCUUCAGGAUGGAUGAUUCCUACUGCCUUUCAGCUCUACGCUCGCCUUUCUAUCAGAUUCCGACUCCUGGCUCCCUCCCACCCCUUCACCCGUCAGCUAUGCACCUCCACUUGUCAGGAGUGAGGUAUCCAACUGAGCUGUCCCACUCGUCCCUUUCGGCACUUCAGUCCGAACGCAUAUCCAGCCUGACCGCAGAGAGGUUGCAGAUGGAUGAGGAACUGCGGCAGCGGGAGAGAGAGAAGGAGCGUGAGCGAGAAGCUGAUCGCGAGAGGGAGAGGGAGCGGGAGAGGGAGCGGGAGCGGGAAAAGGAACUGGAAAGGGAGCGGGAAAAGGAAAGGGAGAGAGAGCGGGAACGAGAGCUGGAGAGGCAGCGAGAGCGAGCCCGGGAAAAGGAGCAGAGCAUCGUUAAAGCCAUGGAGGGCCCCUUCCUACCAGUGUCGGAGUUACACGGGCUGAGGACCCACCCCCCAGAAGAGCGUGUCAAACCAUCCGAGCAGCUAACGCCAAACCGAGCAGAGAAACCCAAGGAUUCCUCUGCCAUCCAGACCCCCAAGCCAGUCCAGCAUCCUUUGCACCAGUCGUCUGCCUCGCACCAUCCCGUGCCCAGCCUGAUCUCCAACCACAGUAUCUUUCCCCUGCCUGGGAGCAGCACCGCCACGGCGCUCCUGAUCCAGCGCACCAACGAAGAGGAGAAGUGGCUGGCGCGGCAGCGGCGCCUGCGGCAGGAGAAGGAGGACCGCCAGUCCCAGGUGUCGGAAUUCCGGCAGCAGGUGCUGGAGCAGCAUUUGGACAUUGGGCGCCCGCCCACACAGAUGGAAGCGGAGCACCGGCCAGAGAACCCCAGAUCGGGACCAAACCGCCCGGAACCAAGUAGCCGAGACCAACCGCAACAUUUUGGAGGGCCUCCUCCGCUCAUCUCUCCUAAGCCCCAGCACCACCCUGUCCCUACUUCCCUCUGGAACCCUGUCUCCUUGAUAGACACCACCUCUGAGCCCCGAAGGAUACAGGAAAGCCAUCCUCUCCAAGGCCAUGCUGGCCAGUAUGACCCCAGCCGGCAAGCCAUCCCUGUUGUGAAAAUAGAACGGGCCUACGGUCCAGAGAAACCAGAGGAGGCAGCCAGGAAAAGAGAAGCCCUCGACAAGUACCAGCCAGCCAGAGAACCUGGGGGGCCGGAGCACGCUGGCUUCCCCCACGGGCCCUUCUUGGCAGAACUGGAGAAGUCCACACAGACGAUCUUGAACCAGCAGAGGGCGUCGCUCUCGCAGAGCGGACAGUUCAUUGACAUCGGCUUGAACAGCAAGCCGGGCUCGCCCUACAGGCCCCCAUUGCCCAGGGGGCAUGACCCCAUGUACGUUUACGAUGAAUUCUUGCAGCAGCACCGCAAGCUGGUCAGCAAACUGGAUCUAGAGGAGAAGCGGCGGAGAGAAGCCCAGGAGAAAGGUUACUAUUAUGACCUGGAUGACUCCUACGAUGAGAGUGACGAAGAGGAAGUGCGGGCUCACUUGCGAUAUGUUGCAGAGCAACCACCACUGAAGCUGGACACCUGCUCUGAGAAGCUAGAAUUUUUGCAGCUAUUUGGACUGACCACGCAGCAACAGAAGAAAGAGCUGCUGACCCAGAAACGGAGGAAAAGGCGACGAAUGCUACGUGAGAGGAGCCCUUCCCCACCAACGGUCCAGAACAAACGCCGUACACCUUCUCCGCGUUUUGUGCUCUCCACGCGUUACAGCCCUGAUGAAAUGAACAACAGCCCCAACUUUGAAGAGAAAAAGAGAUUCCUCACCACUUUCAACUUAACUCACAUCACUGCUGAGAAAAGGAAAGAUAAAGAGAAGCUGGUGGAGAUGCUCCACGCCAUGAAACAAAAAAGUGCCUCCGUGGCUGUCUCGGUGAAGAGCUCCCCACGGGACAGUCCAAGCAUUGUCCAGGCUGAGCCACAAGUGCAGCCAACCGCUGUGGAUUCAGAUAAACCAGUCGGCAUUGCUGCCGCUUCUCUGCCAGACACUCAGAAGACAGCUGAGCCCAGCAGAACAGAACAGCUGAGACCGCCCGAGUUUCCAAGAGCCAAGGAGCCGGUUCCGGCCUCUGUUGAGAAGCCCAAGUUGAGCGAUGGGCACGUGGCCAAGAAGAGCCUGAGUAUCCUCAACUAUGUCCGUGGCCCUUUGCCAAAGGACAUCCCCGUGCCUCUGUCGCACAGCAUGAAUGGGAAGAACAAGCCAUGGGAGCCCUUUAUCGCGGAGGAGUUUGCACAUCAGUUCCACGAGUCCGUGCUGCAGUCCACACAGAAGGCAUUGCAGAAACACAAAGGUAAUGCAAUGGCACACUCAGCAGAGCAGAACCACAAAGUUGAUGCCUCCAUCCAUUAUAACAUUCCGGAAUUGCAGCCCUCCAGCUGGGCGUCUCUACCGCAGCAGAAUGGCCAGAAAGAUUCCCAGCAUAAGGGGCUCAUCCCCCCAGAACAUGACAAGGUCUCUGACUCGGAGGAAGAGGACGACGAGGAAGAGGAGGAGGAAGAGGAGUACCCCAGACCCAAAUGGCAUGGGAUUGAAGCAAUCUUUGAGGCGUACCAGGAACACAUAGAAGAACAAAACCUGGAACGGCAGCUGCUGCAGGGUCAGUGCAGACGCUUAGAGGCCCAGCACUACAGUCUCAGCCGGACUGCAGAACAGCUGUCACACACCAUGACGGAACUAAGGAACCAGAAGCAGAAGAUUGUCUCUGAAAGGGAACGACUUCAGGCCGAACUAGAUCACUUGAGAAAGUGCCUUGCGUUGCCUGCAAUGCAGUGGUCUAGAAGUUAUUUCAAGGGGUAUCCCAGGUGACACUCCCUUGCACUAGGCCGAACAUAUAGUAUAGAAAUAAUAAUCUAUUUUAUUACCUGGAAUAUUUAAUAUUUUUCACUGGGAGGUUUGAAGCUUAAAAAUAAACAAAGAGAAUGUGCCAUGCAUGGAGCAAAGGACUGUGGGAUCCAGGAUAAAUCCAAACCCAUCUCUUGACUUUGAUGCAACUGAAUCUUUAUAACACGGCAAGUAACCCACUUAGAAGAACUCUGGUUUUGGUUAAAUUUGAAAGGUUGAUUUUCCUUCUGCUUCCCCAUCUCCUGCCUUUUAAAAAAACAAUUGUGUUUAAUCCAGAGAUUCCACCAAUGACACUAACAUCCACUUCCUGCUGAAAAGACUGGGAUCAUCUCCAUACAUACGCUCCUUUUUUGUUGCCAUAUUUGUUCAACUGCAAUACUUUGGGAUCUGCCCAUUUUAUUUGUGCUGAAAUAUGCCGUUCUCAAUCCAAGAGACAGCCAGGUACACACCCAUUUUUGUUAAGAGAAUGAACUGGAUAUUUUGAAUACAGAAAUAAAUACAGAGUAAUAGGCCUAGCAGAAGAAAACGCAGCUUCCAAACUUGACUUCCCAUAUGCAUCAAUCAGCUUUUUGUUGUUGUUGCUGGAAAUGCACUUCACUUGAAAAAUAAAGUGGAUAAAUAAAUGGAAGGUACCUUUUUAUUACUGGGGAGGGGAGGAUGUACAGAACAGUGAUAUACAUACAACAUACACAAAUUAUGUACCCCAGUGGGUAGAAUUUUCAUACAAAGAUUUUGCAAUUAAAGAGUUUUUUAAAAAGGUGCUUCAGCCUUGUACUGUGUAUAUAUUUAAAAAUGUUUUGUAUGUUUUAUUACUUUAAUUAUUGUUAUAAAAAGCUUGCCAUUUUCAA